UUGGCGACGAGGAAGGAGGGAGCCGGAGCGCGCGUGUAGGCAGGCGAGCCAGAGGCGCAGCGCGGUCUGUGGGUUUCGGGCCCCCCCCCCCACCCCGGGAGCCGCAUCGGGGACUCGGGCAGCGGCGGGCAGGGGUGGCGGUGUUAUAACCGGGAUCCUCCGUGACGUAUGGCUGCCGGCCCCUUGGCAGCUGUCUUUCUGGACCAGUAGGCGGAGGGGGAUUGACGCCGCCGGAGACUUUUGCAUCUUGGAAGGGACUGUAAUCUUCUGGAGUGAAGAACCGAAGCUCUCCAUCACCCGGGUGUAAAUAAGAGCCGGAGGGGAGAGCAAAAGAAAAGGAAGAGGAGGGGGAGACGUGGGUGUCGGGGGGAGCGGGCAAAGCAUUUUUGGUGGAUGGUAUGAAGCCAGCCAUGGAAACUGCAGCGGAGGAAAAUACUGAACAGAGCCAAGAAAGAAAAGUGAACAGCAGAGCUGAAAUGGAAAUUGGCAGGUACCACUGGAUGUACCCAGGCUCAAAGAACCACCAGUACCGUCCCGUGCCAACCCUGGGGGACAGGGCUAACCCCUUGAGCAGUCCAGGCUGCUUUGAAUGCUGCAUCAAGUGUCUGGGCGGAGUCCCCUACGCCUCGCUGGUGGCCACCAUCCUCUGCUUCUCGGGGGUCGCCCUGUUCUGCGGCUGUGGGCACGUGGCUCUGGCGGGCACCGUGGCGAUCCUGGAGCAGCACUUCUCCACCAACACCAGCGACCAUGCCCUGCUGAGUGAGGUAAUUCAACUGAUGCAGUAUGUCAUCUACGGAAUUGCAUCCUUUUUCUUCUUGUAUGGGAUCAUUCUGCUGGCAGAAGGCUUCUACACCACAAGUGCAGUGAAAGAACUGCAUGGGGAGUUUAAAACAACAGCCUGUGGCCGGUGCAUCAGCGGGAUGUUCGUCUUCCUCACCUAUGUGUUGGGAGUGGCCUGGCUGGGUGUGUUUGGUUUCUCGGCGGUGCCAGUGUUCAUGUUCUACAACAUAUGGUCCACCUGUGAGGUCAUCAAGUCCCCCCAAACCAACGGGACAGCAGGAGUGGAGCAGAUCUGUGUGGAUAUCCGGCAAUAUGGAAUCAUCCCUUGGAAUGCUUUCCCAGGAAGAAUAUGUGGCUCGGCCCUGGAAAACAUCUGCAACACCAACGAGUUCUACAUGUCCUAUCACCUGUUCAUCGUGGCCUGUGCCGGAGCUGGCGCCACCGUCAUUGCCCUGCUGAUCUACAUGAUGGCUACUACAUAUAACUAUGCGGUUUUGAAGUUUAAGAGUCGGGAAGAUUGCUGCACUAAGUUCUAAGUUGCAUAAGGCCAAUAAGGAGCUUUAGAGAGCUAUAUUCUGUAGCGUGAAGUAUCACUGACCCCCAGACUAAAGCAGAGCCUAGGCUUCUGCAGUUUUGUUACAGUAAUUUGUAAAUCGCUUUAGUCAACUCAUUUUGCAUGGUAGAUUAAUCAAAUGACUUACCGUACAUGAACUCCGAAAUGAUGAUGAGAUCUGGCUAUUUCCACUUUGUGGAAAGGAUUCAGUUAUUUACUGACAUUGGUGAGCAGCCACUGAAAAACAAUUUCUUUGAACUUAAAACUCUGAGCAGUAUCUCUAAGUGAAGUAUUAAAACUGGAAUACCUGUGUUUUCCAUUAUUUUUGCUUGCUUGAUAACCCAUUUCAGUAAUGAACACAAGCGCUGAAGAUGAAUUGGAAGAGAACCGUUUUCAUCUGGAUUUGGUCUUCUCAGACUCUGUCUGGAAAAUAUUUUACAAAUAUAUUUUAAAUCUAAUUACAGUACUUUUAGGGCUCACUACCAAAUAAAUGCCCCUCAAAUAAGCUGAUGAAAAUUUGAAGAGCUCACUUGUUAUCUCCCAAAAAAUAUUUAUAUGUAGUUUUAUUUUUAUACAACACCAUCAGUCGUUUCAGAGCCCACAGAAUGGAUAACCUCACAGUGUUGGAUUGGGGUGAGUAGUAACUGAUUCCUCAUAGCCACUUCUCAAACUGCACGUAAGAUUCUAAUGGGGAAAGUAAUUGUGCUUGGAUCUGAAAGUCUCCAAUAUGUUGAGAAGGAACUUGAUAUAUAGAUUUUGCAGGAAAGAUGAGGAAAAUAAGCGGGAAAGAAGCAUUUGCCACAUCAAACUGUAAAGAAUGAUCAUAACGAUUCUGACGUUUUGUGAAAUGAAAUCACGGCAGUUAUACACGAAAACUAGUUUCACUACUAAAAGUGUGUUAACACGGAGUCUGCAUGCUUUGCUGAUAGUUCUUAAUUUUGGUUUUGGCAUUUACUUAAUUUUUCCAUGUUAAGUAUGUAGUUUUAUAUUAUUUACUCAAAAUAAACACCGUUCACACUUUCAGGCCUUUGGGGAAAUUGAUUUUUGUCCACAGAUAGGAAAGAUCUUUGCACGACACUCAUUCCAAAAUAACCACACAGUGUGUUUCUGAACUUUUGCCUUCGUUUUUAAAGUGACUCUUAAAAUGGUAAAAAGCACCCUGUCGUAUUUCAUUUUUGCCUUUUCUUAACAGUAACUUGGGCCAUUUUCUCCUGGUUCAUUAUGUUUGUUUACUAACUUUUUUCACCCUUUUAAUAUGAAGCGUCCUAGCAGAGCUUGCACUCAGUCUCCGAUGCCUGAUAGCAGAAUGAGUAUUAAUCCGGAAUAACCCUCUCCAUUUUUACAGCACAGAGCGUCUAAUCUGCCUUCACAGCUCGCUUUGCCUUCUCACAUGCUCACUAGCCAUCAUGCUCACCCUUCUUUUCCAGAUCCACUUCCUCAUGAUACUGUCUUCUAACUGGGCUUACUUAAAGGAUGCAAGCAAAAUGCAGGCUUACCAAGAUAUCAAAGCAAAGGAAGAACAGGAACUGCAAGAUAUCCAGUCUCGGUCAAAAGAACAACUCAAUUCUUACACAUAAAUGUUUGCCAGAGGGUCUCAGCCAACGAAUUUACAGCUCUGACAAAUCAUCAGACAGCUGCUCUGCAGUACAGAUGUGUACCCCACCAAACAAACUCACGUAGAAGUCCAAACACUUCACUGUCUGUCUCAAGCUGCUGGGAUGUAUUUCUAGGAAAACCUUCCAGUAGGUAACUCUCUUUCUUUACAACAGAUAUUGGAGGUUUCAUGGGAGCCAUUUUAAAAGGCAACACUUCAACAAAAUGAAUAUUUAUCCUUUUGAAAUUUUUGGCAUGUUCACAAUCCUACCAAGACAGGCUGUGAAAAUACAUGAUACCCCUUGAUAAGGACCAUGCCAUACCAGCAUCAGGCAGUAUGACCACACAUUCACUUCUGCCAUCUGUCCUCAAACACAUCUAAAUAGGAACUAAAAUGGAAUUGCUGUGACAUUCCAUUUCUGACAGCUGACAUGUAUGAAACUUUGGCUCAAAGAUAAAGUGAUUCUUAGAGUUGACCCUUGAAGAAAAAUAUAAGCUGACCUCCCCACCCCUCUAAGUCCAGAACAUACUAAUUUCCUGGUCCAAUCAGAAAGGUUUUUUUUCCCUCAAGAAUGCUAAACUGAGCCCACUAUAAUAAUUCUGCAUUACCUACCAUGGAUGAAGCUAGAUUCAGACUGACAAGCUAGCCAAAAUCAAUUUUGUAAUAGAUUUCUUUUAAAUAAAUGUCAGCUUUGCCUUAAUAUUUGUUUUCAAUUUCUAAGAACUUACAAUAGGCAACCCCAAAUCCUUCAAAGAAUUUUGCUUCACAAAUGUUUUUCUUAAUGAAGAAGUGUUACCUUAUUAAAAUGACCACCACUCAAAACCAUUUUUAUGUGGUCUGAAUAGCAAGUUUACAGUUUCAUACCAACUAUCCAAAACCUAAUUACCAACAGACCACAGACCUCCUACUUUUAUAGACUUGAAUACUGAAGUAAUUUCAAUUAGGUUUGAUAUUUAUUUCACUUUUUCUUAUCUAAAUCUUAAGUUUCCUGGAAUAAGAAAGUUCAAUGUUCAGGAAAAGAAAAAAAAAAAAAACCCAAAUGCUUGAGUUUAAGCCAUCUUAAAAAGAAACUUGCCUUCUAAAUCAUUGUGUUUCAGAACAUUAAGUGACUAUAGGUAUUGGGUAUUAGUGAUGGUAAACUUUGUGUUGUUCUUUAUGAAAUGAUACAUAUAACUGUUGGGUGCAUCAGUGCUUUUAAAGGGGGCUGCAUAAUAUAAUAGGGUUAACUAUGUAUAUUCAUGUUAAGAAUUAACUUGUGGUUUGGCUGUUUCCUGGAUUUUAAACAUAUCCACGUGCAGAAAUGUGUUAAAAUGAAAGGAAGCAUACCUUUAUCAGAUGCUAUUAAAAUUGAACAGCAAGUAUAAUAUUUCAUUUGGAUUCUUUUUGUUGGUGGUGUUGUUAAUGCCUAAAAAUGCCUAUUUGGAUCUUGACUAUUUUUUCUUUUUCUAAAUUGGGAGACGAUCUUUUCUGUGUAGAACAGUUGUUCCAGAAUAGCUUGGUGUUUCGUUUUCCUGUUGCAUGACAAGACCUAAAUAUUUUUUCCAGCAGUGGAGGUGCUGUUUGAGUCCAGUGUUCUAGAAGAGGCAGUGUCUAAAGCCUAAUUUUACUUUUCUAAUUCUGGUAGCUCUUACCAGGAAUUUUUGAAAGUUUUGUUUAAGUAGUCUAAUAUUUUUUAUGUAAAGAGCAUUAAAUUUUGCUAUGUAUAAAUUUUUGUAACCUAACAGUGAAUCAAUAUUUUCUAUCAGUGCCAAGGGCUUCCUGUAGUUCUAUUCAAGUGUUACAAUAAAUAUUUGUAGAUAAUAGUCAAUACCUGUGUAUGCUUAUUUUAAAGAUCUAUUUAGGUGGAAAUAGCUGUGGAUGUAUUAAGAGAAAUGAAAUAAAAAUUAUAGCUUCA